UACCGAUGUCGCCGCUGGUAUGAUCAAUAAGUACAGCAUGUAGAUCACGGACUCUGUCCCAAUACCUACACCUCUUACAAGUCACUUUCUACUAGUCCCAAUGGCACAAACGCUCUUCUCGUCACUCCGCACAGUUAGCCGUGCCGGCCGUCGUGCAAUUCCCGUUGCUCGCUCACCACUAUGCAGUUCACGAAACUUCUCGCUGACAGCACGACGGGCACUGAUGGAGACGUCUGGGUUCACAGAAGAGCAGAUGACUGUCAGAGAAUCGAUUUUCAAAAUAUGUUCUGACUUCCCGGACGAUUACUGGAUGGAGCGCGACUACAGUGGCGAAUACCCUGGGGAACUGCAUGCUGCACUUGCCAAAGAUGGCUGGCUAGGCAUUGCUCUACCCGAGAGUCUUGGAGGCGCAGGACUGGGCAUUUCAGAGGCGACGAUGAUGAUGCAGACUAUUGCUGAAAGUGGUGCCGGGAUGGCAGGAGCACAGUCAAUACACGCCAACGUAUAUGCCACUCAGCCCGUUUCAAAGUUUGCAACACCGGAGCAAAGGGAUCGAUUCUUGAAAAAGAUUGUCAGCGGUGAAUGGAGAACGUGUUUCGGCGUGACAGAACCCAAUACUGGUCUCGACACUCUGAAGCUCAAGACCCUAGCCACUCCGGACGGAGAAGGCUAUCGUAUCUCCGGCCAGAAGAUCUGGAUCACGAAUGCACAGGUAGCGCAGAAGAUGGUGCUGCUCGCCAGAACCACCCCGGUGGAAGAAGUCAAGAAGCCAAGUGAAGGUUUGAGCAUGUUGUACAUCGACCUGGACAAAUCAAACCCUGGGCUGGAAAUUAAAAGAAUCAAAAAGAUGGGCGGUCGAGCGGUCGACGCCAACCAAGUGUUCUUCGAUAACUACUAUGUGCCAAAAGAUGCUUUGAUUGGCACAGAAGGCAAAGGUUUCAAAAUCAUCUUGCAUGGCAUGAACGCUGAGCGAUGCCUUCUUGCUGGAGAGGCCCUCGGACUAGGCUAUGCAGCGUUAAAGAAAGCUACUGACUAUGCUCGCGAGCGCGUAGUGUUUGGUCGACCAAUUGGUCAAAAUCAGGCAAUCCAGCAUCCACUGGCAUCAGCUUAUAUGCAGCUUGAAGCGGCUAAGCUCGCCACAUACCAUGCUGCGAGGUUGUAUGACCGCAGUACUCCUGAGCACCCGGAUUUCGACGAGAGCAUAACGCAACAUCAAGUUGGAGUUGCAGCGAAUAGUGCCAAAUAUGUUGCCGCAGAAGCCGCAUACACAGCGUGCGAAAGAAGCGUUAUGAGCAUGGGUGGCAUGGGCUACGCUGCCGAAUAUCACGUGGAGAGGUAUCUGCGAGAGUGCUUCGUACCAAGACUAGCUCCGGUCAGCCGCGAGAUGAUCAUGAACUUCAUCAGCGAGAAAGCACUUGGUCUGCCCCGAAGCUACUGAAACAAACACAAAAGAGUGUUCAACACCCUUUUCCGCAUGGCUUACCCUAACAUUCCUCCAUUGGGAAUGACAUCGCCAUCAAUCAAGGCCGAGUAGACAAUGACGAUGGACCUGGCGCUGGGACAUGGAUCAUAUCCGCCCAUUGCGACAGAAUGGAAAGGCUGACGCACAGUCCUCUAGUUCGAGAAGUCGGAUGCGUAUUGCAAGAACUUAGCAGAUUUUAAAGUUUGAGCGACUGCAUUCAGCUGUGCCGCUGUUUAGGGCCCCAGCCGCAGC